UUAAUGUUUGAUAUGCAACAAGAGAUAGAAAGUAGUAUAGUAAGAGUAGGCUCCAGUUGGAUUAAUCUCAGUACCUCAGUGGUCCUCCGUGGAGCACAUCAUUUCACUUCAGCUUUACCGUUAGCCUAACUGACCUCAGUGGGUAGCUUAAUUUUUAAUUUCUUGAUUCUAUCUUUUCUCCACACCAACCAGUUGGUGUUAUCUUUGUCAGCUAUCUGCAGAGUUACCUGAGAGAAUUAUGUCUAGGUUUUCAGCUAUAGCCCGCAGUGUCUGCAAGUGGCUGUGGUACCACAGAAACUACAUCAUCAUCGUUGUCACUCCACUUGCACUGCUUCCCCUGCCACUCAUAUACCCUACAUCGGAAGCAAAAUGUGGUUAUGCUAUCAUCAUCAUGGCUCUGUACUGGUGUACAGAGUGCAUACCUCUGGCUGUGACCGCACUUAUGCCAGUCAUCCUCUUCCCUAUGAUGGGCAUCAUGAAGGCAGAAAAGGUCAGUAUUGAGUAUCUGAAAGACACCAACAUGCUGUUCAUUGGUGGACUGUUUGUGGCCAUCGCCGUGGAGUACUGGAACCUUCACAAACGCAUCGCUCUCCGAGUACUGCUGCUGGUUGGUGUCCGUCCUUCGCUGUUACUGAUGGGAUUCAUGAUUGUCUCGUCCUUCCUGUCCAUGUGGAUCAGCAACACGGCCACCACAGCCAUGAUGCUGCCCAUUGCCAGUGCCGUCCUGCAGCAGCUGAAAGCCACAGAGAUCCAAGCCGAGAUGCGAGAUUCCCAGAAUGCAGCCCAGGACAACCAUGCAUUUGAGCUUGAGAUCAAACACACUAAACAGGAAAUGACAAUCGAGAAACAGCAAGACGUGGACAAAGAGUAUAAACAAGAGGGGAAUACAGAUUCACUGCCAGAGUCCAGGAAAAAUGCAAUGGAGGAAAAGUAUGACCUCCUGACCAAAGGACUGAGUCUGAGUGUGUGUUACUCUGCCAGCAUUGGCGGCACGGCCACGCUCACCGGCACAACCCCUAACCUCAUCCUUAAGGGCCAAGUUGACCAGCUCUUCCCUGGAAAUGGUGGUGUGAUCAACUUUGCCAGCUGGUUCGGCUUUGCUUUUCCCAACAUGUUGAUCAUGCUCGUAUUGACUUGGUUCUGGCUUCAGUUUAUGUUCCUGGGCUUCAAUUUGAAGCAGUCAUUUGGCUGUGGCGUGAAAACCAGCAAAGAUAAGGACGCGUACAGAGUGAUGAGGGAGGAGUACAGGAAGUUGGGGAAGAUGAAGUUUGCAGAGGUGGCGGUGCUCGUCAUCUUCAUUCUGCUGGUGCUCCUGUGGUUCACCAGGGAGCCAGGCUUCAUAGACGGCUGGGCAACAGUCCUCUUUAAUAAGGAAGGAACGUUUGUGUCUGAUGGAACCGUUGCCAUAUUUGUGUCAAUGCUCUUCUUUGUCAUCCCCUCCCGGCUGCCCUCAUUUAGAAGCUACGGUUAUGAUGAAUCAGGUAAGAAAGUGAAAGCUCCCAAAACUCUGCUGAACUGGAAGACUGUUCACGAGCGAAUGCCCUGGAACAUCGUCCUUCUGCUGGGGGGAGGCUACGCUCUGGCUACCGGCAGUGAGGUGUCGGGUCUAUCCAAGUGGUUGGGAGACAUUCUCGCACCUCUGCAGAAAAUUCCCCCUUUUGCCAUCUCAUUGCUGCUGAGCCUGCUGGUGGCGACAUUCACUGAGUGCUCCAGCAACACAGCCACCACCACCCUGUUCCUGCCCAUACUGGCCUCGAUGGCCACAACUAUUAAGAUACACCCACUGUAUGUGAUGCUGCCCUGCACCAUCGCUGCCUCUCUGGCCUUCAUGCUGCCUGUGGCCACACCACCCAAUGCCAUCGCCUUUUCAUUUGGAAAGCUCAAAGUCAUCGACAUGGUGAAAACUGGCUUCAUCCUGAACAUCAUUGGGAUUUUGAGCGUUAACUUAGGCAUCAACACCUGGGGAUACGCCAUGUUUGACAUGGGUACCUUCCCCCUGUGGGCCAACGCUACAAAUGUCCAACCUUGAGUUAUGUGGUGGACAAACAGAAAUGGAGAAAGGGAAUGACACUGACUUGUUAAUAUUAUUUUAUAAGCUCCUGAAAGCUUGUCUUCAGAUCUUAUAAUUUCUCUGUAACAUAGCCUAAAAUAUUCACAACAAAAUAAGCAUUCACACACUGAUGGCAGAAAGCUACCACGUAGGGUAAUGGCCUGACCAUUGGUAGCACUUUGGGGCUCAGUGUCUUACUCGAAGAUGCUUCACAUGUGGACAGGAAGAGAUGAGGAUUGAAACGCCAAUCUGUGAUUAAUGAUGGAAGAUCUGCUCAGUACUUCCUCAUGUCAUUCCAGCGAGAGAACAAACCAAUGAUGAUGUCUUUAUUGGAAAAAACCUGAGGUCAUUUCCUUGCACAGAUUUCCCUGGAUGUGAUGUUAACACAUUAGUCUAUUUAUGACGCAACAAUGCAGUACACUGUGUGUUUGAGUGAUGAUUACAGUAAUGUGACUAUUCUUGAUGUUAUGUUAGCAGUGUAAAUGUGAAUCAGCUAAAACAGAGUUAAUUGUAACAGUUAACUUAUUACUGUGGUGUUUUUUUUCGGAGUCUUUUUUGUUGCAUGUUUCGCUUUUUUAUCAGUCAUAUUUUUACCAUUUUACAAACACUUAAUUUAUAUUUCUUAUCUUGUAAUUUGUAAAUGUCUGGCAGACUUUAGGUGAUUAUUUGCAUGCCUUCAAAAUACAAGAACACAAGUUGUUUUGUGUUCUUGACCAGAGAAGAACAAUACCAGCCAAAUAACUGUACAGUGAAUACAAACUACAGCUAAGCAUUGCAUAAAGACCCGAAAGCUCACUAAUUAAUAUUUUAUAUCCUGUUUGUUUAAUCAGUACAAAAACAUAAUGACAAAUUAGCAGUGAUUUAAGUCUUGUUGCAGUCCUGUUAAAUUAUUUUACAUUUGGUUUUAACAAGAUAUAACAUAUUAAUUAAUGAGCAUUAGAGAUGCUGAUAAGCUAAUGUUUCACCUUCAGACAGAGAUGUGUUCUUUAUGCUAAGCUAACCAUCUCCUAGUGCCAACUAAAUUGAAUGUUCUCAUGUAACACUGAACAAGAAAGCAAGCAUAUUUCCUCAGAUCCACUCCAGUAGUUGUGAGGACAUGUGCACAAGGUGCAGGUGACAUGAAAAACAUUCUUCAGCACUGAGGAAGACAAAACGUGGCGCACAAAUCUUUAGCAGGAGGGUGUUACUUAUAUUGUGUACAAUGAGAACCAAUAACAAGGUUGGUUAAAGGAUAACUUCGAGAUAAGAAGCUGCCAACAGGAUACAACUGUAGCGGAGGUCAGUUUCUCCUGUAGCUAUUGCAGUGAAUGUAAUAAACUGAAAAUGCAGAAGAGACAGAAGAGAAGAGAAGAACGUCUCAGCAACAUGACAUGUUUAUGUACAAGAGCUGUUUGCAGAAUAAAACAUCAUCAUU